AUGCCGUCCGCGGAAGUUGGCGAGAGCAGCAAAACUCCGCUUCAGUUCUGCACUGAUUUGCAAAGUCUCAUUUUUAUUACAUUAAAUUAUGUCCUUAAUCCUCUUCGAAGGGAGCUACGAAAAUCUCAUGAAUAUUCCGAUAUUCUCAAUUUGGAAAUCCAAGAUGGAGAGCAAAUUUCGGAAAUUUGCAAUGCGGAGGAGGAUGUGGCUGACUCGAUUCUUGUUCAAUACCCAAGCUCACUAUCGUGCUUUCGCUGCUUGGGCAUCGAUGAAGACACCAUACACGGUCUCCUCUACAUUCGAGAGAUAACUUUUCUCAAACUUUUGGAUAUGCAAGAAAACGAAGUUAGGGAUCUUUUGAGUGUGUAUUGUGUUCCGUUGGAAGAUAUUGACCGAAUUCUAAUGGGUCUUUCAAAAAUUCGUUGUAACAUUGACCUGUUGGAAAGCGAUCAACCCUUUGAAGAUGAUACGCGUAAUCUAAUAAAACAAGUCAUAAAACUUACAGAAAAAUCUGAGCCCUCUCCUGGGUUUGAGAAGCCGGACGGGGCUGUUCUGCUUCAUUGUGAUCCCCUUUCCAGUCCUCCUCUUUACGUUACUGGACCCCAAGAGUUUGGUGAAAACUGUAUGAGCCCAUCAAACAACCUAUCAAAUGGCAUGGUUAGCAGUCAGCGGCUCUUGCGAUCGGGCAGAUUUAGCUCUGACCAUGGUAUCCAGAUUGACCACUUGAUUGAUAGGACCUCUCCCCCCAUUCCUUCCGUGCGAUCUGGCUCCGAAAGUCAUCCCUCAUCGUGUUUCUCAAUAAAUCCGCCAAAUCUGCAAUUCUCUUUCAACCAUCCACCUUAUCCUUUAGAUUUGUCAACGCAGACCUUAAAUCGGAAUUCUAGGCGAUCAAAAACUCCCGUGCCAUUCCAUCGCUUUUGUCGUGCUCUCUCCCCUGUGUCGCAUCGAGCAAAUUCCUCAAAUCUUGCAAAGUCAAAUAUACUUGACGGUGUUCUUUCUGUCCCAUCCACUCCCGCCCCUCGAGUUUUCGGUACUCCCAUACACCAGAAAUCUCCCGCAAAGGGUGCUGUUAUGUCGACCUCCUAUACUAGUGCCACCGAUAGAUUCUUUCAGAAAGGUUCAACAAAUCGAGAUAAAGCUAUCAAAAUGCCAGCCACACCUCCUUCAAAGCACAAAAUCAAGUUUACAUUCCCUUUGCAUCGCAGCAAGUCCCAUGAAUCGAAUCUGGCUAGUAAAAUUUAUCUACCCAGCUCAAAUGGUGCGGGAAAGACUAGUCAUACUACAUCGAAAAAUCCCGGUAGAGUAGCAAAUGUUUUCCACACUCCCGAUUCCCAUUCCCCGGCUGCCAAUGACUCGAAUGUUUUUUGCUUUUCCACGCCAACGCACAUCGCCAAUGCUCCUCCUUCUCCAAAAUUUAAUUCUCGGCCUGAACACCACCCGAGCGACGUCUUGCUGUACCUGGGAGCCUCAAUGGAUCUGCUCAUCUACCAAUACCAGGCCAUACUCACCGGUAUGGUGACGCUAUUAGAUGUGCUUCGAGUGCCCUCUGCAGCCCACACUAACUAG